CGUACGUCAAACUUUCCGAAGUUUGUUUUGCGUUUACCAUAUUAUCGUAUUUCUUUCCAGAGACCGUUUUUAAAGUGACAUAUUUAUACUUGUUUUAGAGUUCACUUGAGCCUUUGGGGUAUGAAACGAUAAAUAGUGCUUGUUAUGAAUUUGCAUUAAGGGUGCUAAAAUCCAUCUCUUACAAACCGUGCACUAGCUUAGCCACUCGCUACUCAAGUUGGUCCAUUUUUGAUAGGGCUGUCAUGCUUUCUUCACCAUUCAGUUGUCCCAUUGCCAUAAAUGAUAAACUAGUAAUGGGGAUAAACCUAAGUAAAUGUAAUUUAUGUGCGCAUCAACUUUUUUAAAAAGACUGACAUUAUUUUACAAGCUCACUUGAAGUCACCGUACUAUUCCUUUGGGUCAAGGUUUCGUCGCUGAUGAUGGAUCAGUAUCAUAUUUUGGAGGUUAUCGGGGAAGGGUCUUUCGGGCGAGUUUAUAAAGGCCGAAGGAAGUUUAGCGGACAGGUUGUGGCUCUGAAGUUCAUUCCAAAAGUUGGGCGCUCAGAGAAGGACCUGCGCAGUUUGAAAAGAGAAAUUGACAUCAUGAGGGGGCUCAAACAUCCCAACAUAGUGCUGCUUUUAGACAGCUUUGAGACAGAGAAGGAGGUAGUGGUGGUGACAGAGUAUGCAGAGGGCGAGCUGUUUCAGAUCCUGGAGGAUGAUGGGAAUUUACCUGAGAGUCAGGUGCGUGAAAUAGCCUGCCAACUUGUCUCUGCCUUGUAUUAUCUACACUCCCAUCGCAUUCUGCACCGUGACAUGAAACCACAAAACAUCCUGCUGGGAAAAGGAGGAGUAGUAAAGCUCUGUGACUUUGGAUUUGCUCGUGCCAUGAGUGUGUCCACAUUGGUCUUGACCUCCAUUAAGGGAACACCUCUCUACAUGUCUCCAGAACUUGUGGAAGAGAAACCUUAUGAUCACUCAACUGACCUUUGGUCUCUGGGCUGCAUCCUCUAUGAGCUCCACACGGGGGCGCCUCCGUUCUACACCAACUCCAUCUUUCACCUGGUGAAGCUUAUAGUGAGAGACCCAGUAAAAUGGCCAGAGAACAUGAGUCAAGACUGCACGAGUUUUCUGAAGGGAUUGUUGAUGAAAGACCCCAAGAAGAGGCUCUCAUGGCCUGACCUGCUUCAUCACCCUUUUGUUGCAGAUGGAGUUUUGAUGGUUUCAGUUGAGGGUUCGAGCAACCCCCUCACGAUACCACCCAGCCCGGACGUGCAGGCGUUGAAACAACAGCAGGCUGCAGAGAAGAAAACGGCACACAGUGGAGAGGGCAAACUACUACGCAAAGCUAGAGAGCUUCGAGAGAAAGAGAGGAACAACAGACUGAUUGGGAGUGGAAAUGCUGCAUGCACCAGUCAGCCUCACUGUAAGACAGCUUCUGCUGUAGGGGCCCCUAACACUGGCCACUCAUUGGGCAGCACCUUUUCAGUGUACCAAAAUUCAUCUCAGCCAGCAACCAAUCAGCAUCAAGCAAAUGACAACAGUGUUACCAGGGUGUUCUCAGCUCCGUGUAAAGGCCAGAUCAGUAAAGACUAUGCAAGGGAGUUCCCUUCAGUAGAGGUGGGACCCCGGCAAGUUCUGAAGCGUUCUGGACAUGCACGGACCAGUCUGGCAUCUGUUAGGAUGGACAGUGAGGAACAGGAUGUUGACAGUGAUUAUGAGUGGCAGCAAUUGGUUGAAUUUGCUGAUCAGAUCCCUGUUAACAGUGCCAUCCUUCAGAAGUUAAAGACCAAGCUUCUCUCAGCCAAGAACCAGCUUUUGGUCAGGAAGGGCGAAGAGGCCUCUUCAGUUCUACAGCUACUGAAAGUCCUCCAGAAUAUUGUUCAGAGCUGUCAGCCUGGAGAUAUUGAAAAAGUGGGCAAAGAGUUGGAGCUGCCUCAUCUGCUGUUCAGCCUAACUGAGGACAUUUUGAACAUUCCAGAUUUAAUGCAAGAGGAGCAGGGUGAGAUAGUAUUGGGAGAUCUGAUGAGCAUGCUCAUAUUGUACCUGGAAAAGAGUCCGGACUGGGAGAUAAAGGGGAGAGCUGAGGAUCUUUGUCAGCUAUUUAUCUCCGUAUUCCUCUGCCGAGACCCAAAACAUUCAGCGCUUUUGGCAACAGCAGUCUUAACCUUGUUCACUCACCGCAGUAUAUCUGUGAAUAUCAGUUUGGAAAGGCUUACCACCUUUUUGGGGAAUAUAUUGAAAGACACAGAGGAGGCACACAACCCUUUACCUGCAGGUUGGGGCAUGUAUGAUGGUCUUCUGUCACUGAUUCUCUACAGACUGUCUGAGUGUGAAAGCAGCUCAUUGCUUGACUUUCAGGACUCAGAACUUUGGCCCUCCCUGUGGACUAAAGUAAACACCACACUGGAAAACACAACUUCUGAGAGAUGCCAUUUCUCUCCUAAUGGUCUGUACGUGUUCCUGUCUCUCGCUUUGUUAGUUUUCUCCAGUGAUACAUACAACUUUGUGGCUCUACUGUCAGAUCUCUCCACAAACUGCUCCUCGGCCCUCAGUCACCUUCUCACCACCAGUUGCAGCACUGCAUUGCUUGAGAGUGGCCUUUUCUGGGGUGACUCAGAAAUAAACAGUCUAUCAAUGAUGAGCUGUCAACUUCUCUGCAUCCCCUUCUCUCUGGAUUUGCCCUUAGAAAAAAUAGUGUCUAUCCUCCAUUCGUAUCAAAGUUCAAAUAUUGUGGCUGGCCUAGUACAGAUGAUUCAAACUCUUCCCGUUGCCCUGGUGGAGCUUCCACUGUGUCUUUUAAAUCGUCUGCUAUUAUCUGACCCACAGUAUACUGCUUCAUGCCUCAUCAAUGCAGCCCAGGCCUCUGCCUUCCUCCCUUAUGGCACAGAAAGCUCAGACAAUAGAACAGACCAAACUCAGAAUCACCUUAACCACUUUGGGCAUAGUUUGGAGCAAAUUAGGAGCAAUGGAACCACUAAAAAACACAAGAUAGAUCAGAUCAAAGGUGAUCAGUCUAAGAAGAGGGUAGACCUUAAAGGAAAUGUAGAUACAUCUAAGAACAAAAAGGAUUUGCUGAAGGCUCAACACCAGCUCUCCAAAAACAAGACUGACAAGUUAAGGGAGAUAAGAGAGCAGCCAAAAAGCAAGCGAUAUCAGCAACAAAGCAUGAAACAUUUUAGAGAGAGAUUAGAGCAGCAAAGUGGUUGUAUAGAGGAGCUCAUGGACAGUUUAGAACUCUGUGGCAGCUCUGCAGGCCAUCUCCAAGUUCUCUCUGCUCAGCAAGGGUGCAGUAUCAGCUGGCUUAUGGACAGUCUGGAUGAGUUAAGGAGAAGCAAUGAGUAUCACAGGAGAAAUGGAGGUCACUCCAAGGUCUCCACGGCAAAACUCGCAUCUCCACAGGUAGAGGGUCGAACGGCAAAUUCGCUAUUGGCUGUACUGCUACAAAGUGAAAUUCUCUUUGGAUGUGCAGUGGAACUUCUUAUGCUUCUUUCCCAACUAACACGUUAUCUCACCCGUCAGUCUUGCUGCUUUCCUCCCGUGGAAGCCACCCAACUACGACUUGCCUUGCAUCACCAAGAUGAUGGAAUCCGAGCUGCCUGCUGUAGCCUGCUGGGCCACCUGGGCUCAGGUGUUAGGCAGGUCAUCACUGAAUCAAAGUCUGACCCAAGCUGGAGCUUUGAUCCACAAAUAUUCCAGGACCUGUUGAGCUGCCUGUGUGAUCCUGCUCCAUCGGUUCGUAGAAUGGCCUGCAAGGCUGUGGGAAACUGGCUAAGCCUAUUUGGUAAAACUGAUCUUAAUGUUUCAAGUAAAGGCCUGCAGAGGUUUAAGACUACAGAGAGCGAAAGGGGAGACAUAAAUGCCUUGUCGGUUCAAGGCAAAUUGAAGAGGAUACCAGGAACGGAAGGCAUCAAACAAGGGCUUCAGGGAGAUUCCAGCUCUGCUUCAAAGGGAAAGAAUGGUUACAGUGAGGGAGACAUAUGGAUGGAGGUUGCCAUAGAAGCAGUCGCUCCCCUUGUAUCUCUGCUGUCAGAUGCCGACAAUGUCAUUCGACAGCACUGUUGUGGGGCCUUGGGUAACCUGGCUGCUAUCAGUGGAGGGGAUAGAGCACUCCUCGGUGCAGAUACGCCAUGCUUACUUCUCCAAACUGCCUGUGAUGAUUGCCAUCAUGCAGUGCGACGGGCGGCUAUGGCCACUCUGUGUGUAUUUAGCCAACAUAACUCACUACUGCAGGCUCUGAGGUCUCUAGACGCUGGAAGAAAACUUUGUCACACAUCCCAAAGCUUUUUAUUUCAGAGGGAUUAUAAAUGGCUUGUCAGCAAGCUGGAUGGGUCAGUUGAAGGAAAAACAUGAAUCUCAACAUCCGAAAAAAAAAAGCUCAAUAAACAUGAGCUGUUUUGUGUGUAAAGAGAAUGUAAUUUUACAUUACCUAAAUAUCAGUUAGUAAAACUGGAUAGAUAGCUGUAUACUUACAAUUCCAAUUAGUGGGUUGCUUGCUGCUUCUAUGGCUAGGAAGGCUUCAUUUGUCUAUAUUUAUUUGAUCUAUGAUCAAAAGAAUGUAUUUAGUUUAUUAAAAACUGUUCUACAUUUUUAGAAAAUUACAGUAGCUCAAAACAUUCCCAACAUUCUGUAGAAAAGCAUUGUAUCUACUUUUAGAUGUUCAAAUGUAAGUUUGUGAUUCAGCACAUGCUUGUGUUUUUUAUUCACACACCAACACCUUUAUAUAUAAAAUACUCCAGGUUUGGUACAGAGGAAUUGCUCUUUGUUAUAUUUUUCUUAUAUAUAUAAAAAUCUAAAAAUUAGAAAAACUUUAAAAACGGAAAUAUUAUUAGACAAUUUAAUUAUUGUUGACUUUGAUUUGUUCAUUUUCGAGGGGUUCGCCCAAGCAUACGAUAUAAAAUCGUUUUCAUUAAUACAGUUUUCAUUAAUAUGACUUUUUCCCAUGUUGUAGUUUCCUUUGUACAAAUCUCAAAAUAAAGUAGUUAUACGCAAUAUAAA